AUGCACCUAUUUACCAGCUCCCGCCUGCAAUGCGCAGCUACCUACCCCCCCCCCCAAUUCAUCGGUGAACGAAACUGUGGCAGCUACAACCACUAUACGACGAGUACGCGCAGCAGCAGCAUCAGCAUCAGCAUCAUCGCUGAGAGCAUGACAUCAGUGUUCAACAGUGAUUCUUCACUGGCGUACAACCAAGAAAGCCUUAUUGUAAAGAAAAGAAUAAAGAUGGACGAGGAAGGGACUUAG